AUGAUUGUGCGCAAGCGUUUCAUUUAUCUAGCUCAGUCUAUUCAUAUCUAUCUAUCUAUCUAUCUAUCUAUCUAUCUAUCUAUCUAUCUCAGUCUAUUCAUUAUAUAUCUAUCUAGACCCGAGCGUCUCUGUUCUUUCUCCCUGUUUCUUUUCUCUUUAAAAUCAGACCCUCCGGAAAUUACAAGGGAGCGCCAGAUGGUACGGUCCUCAGCAGACCUUUCCCAGCGUGUCUUUCUUUGUAACGUUUCUUUGGUCUGCCGAGUGAGCGUUUGCCUGUGGAUAGCUCGCCAUAGAGCAAUCUCUUUGGGAGGCGACAGAUGUCCAUGUGGCGGACAUGGCCUGCCUACCGGAGCUUAUAGCGCACUUGUGGUUAAGGCUCAGUCCUCGUUGCUCCCAGACUUUAUCCUUCCUUCUGACGAAGGCCGCGCUGGUCUUCAUGAUUCUGUACGCCACUUCCUCAUCGAUGCUGGCAGAACAGUGCACCGUAUCAAUAUUAUCUAUCUAUCUAUCUAUCUAUCUGAGAACAUUAUCUAUCUAUCUAUCUAUCUGAGAACAUUAUCUAUCUAUCUAUCUAUUUGUCGUACAUCCGUCUAUCGUUCGUUUCACAUUAUCUAUCUAUCUAUCUAUCUAUCUAUCUAUCUAUCUAUCUAA